CGCCCCCUGGUAGAUUGUGAACCACCUGGUGUGCGCUCUAUCUGCGUCAGUCUGAGGCUGUAAGCUUUAGUGACAGAUCGCGAGGCGUAGAGAGCUGAUUGUUCUCUCUGUCUUCAGAGGAACAAAGUAAGAGGCAAUCAUGCGCCUGACAGGGUGCACAGUGCUGCUCUCUGUCCUGCUGCAGGCGAUGUCUACCCCCAUCGAGGACUGGCAGAGAGCUACGUCCAUUUAUGAAUUUAACGCAACAGACAUCGAUGGGAAUUUGGUGUCCCUUGAGAAGUACAGAGGAAAUGUUGUCAUCAUCACCAACGUUGCCUCUAAAUGAGGUAAAACUCCUGUAAACUACUCUCAGCUUGCUAAGAUGCACGCCAAGUACGCUGAGAGAGGUUUACGCAUCCUUGCCUUCCCAUCCAACCAGUUUGGGAACCAGGAGCCGGGUAAUGAGACUCAGAUCAAGCAGUUCGCCCAGGGCUACGAUGCUCAGUUCGACAUGUUCAGUAAGAUCGAAGUGAACGGUGAGAACGCUCACCCGCUGUGGAAGUGGAUGAAGGAGCAGCCCAACGGGAAGGGGACCUUUGGAAAUAGCAUCAAGUGGAACUUCACUAAGUUUCUGAUCAACAGGGAGGGACAGGUGGUGAAAAGAUACGGACCCCUGGACGAUCCAAGUGUGGUGGAGAAGGAUCUUCCCAAAUACCUUUAAUACACCCCAAUCAUUCCUCGACUACUGAUGCCAUGCU